AGCCAAGAGCCAAGAGCCAAGAACUGCAAAUGAUUGAAGAUUUGGGAAGCAAGUUAGGUUAUUCAAAAUCAGUUCAUCGGAUUGCGAUUCACAGUGACUGAAAUUUGGAGAAUUCAGGAGCAAAAUCCACAAAUGCGAACCCCAUGUUGCCACACAUGUCUGGCAUUCGUCCUCAAAUUCCUGAUUUUUCUGCAGGCGUUCGUUGGUGUGGCGAUCAUUGUGUGUUCUGCUUACAUGUUGAAUCAAUGGCAGCACCACCAUAACCAAGCUCCUUCGCCUGGUGGAUUUAGGUCUCUGAAUUUUGCAUCGGGCGAGCUUUUCUUCCAGGAUGAUGCCCUCAGCUUCAAUUCCGUUUCUCUUCCAGCCCCCUGGUUUAUAUAUGCAUUCAUGGGAGUCGGAAUUUUGAUAUGUUGCAUCGCUUUAAUUGGUCACAUUGGCGCCGAGGCGAUCAAUGGAUGCUGCCUUUGCUGCUAUGCUGUAUUGGCUACGAUUUUUAUUCUAUUGCAAUUGGGGUUAGUAACUUUCAUUGCUCUUGAUCACCAGUGGGAGAAGGAUAUCCCGUUUGAUCCCACUGGUCAACUUGACAGUCUUCGAAAGUUUAUCCAAGACAAUGUUGAUGUCUUUAUGUGGGUUGGCAUUGCUAUUAUUACAAUACAGGUUCUAUCCAUACUUCUUUCAAUAGUAUUGCGAUCCUUAGUUUCUCGUCCAAGAGCAGAUGACGACAUUGAGGAGGAUUACAGUUUUCGGACUGGUGCCAGAGAGCCGCUGCUUAGCCCAUACUCGGGUCAGGCCUCCGGAUCGACUAGAGGUGAUUCUGAUAUUUGGAGUUCAAGAAUGAGAGCAAAGUAUGGAUUAAGUGGCGGUGAUGCAAAACAGAGUACGCAGAACCAAUCCAUGACGACCGAUGUUAAACCUUGAGAUUGCGAGGAAGAUGACAUGAUGCUGCACCACUGUCUUUUGGUAAAUUUUUCGAUGUAAAUGUGUUGUGAGUUUCCUUUUGUUGCAAAUGUGUCGUCCUUGGUGAGUUUUAGAUGUAAAUGUGUCUCUGAAUUUUCGCGAGUCUUAUGUUUCAUUCAUUUGGUUUCUAUAAUUUGUUUGGUGGUGCAUUGAGACUCUUUAUUUGUGGAGAAGAUGAAAUUGUUUGUGUGUAUGACUUGACUUGAUUGCAACUCCCGAUUAGUACAACUUUGGACA